AUGGAAAAUACUAUUAACCAGCUUUAAAAUUUGAAUUAGUAGACAUCUAUCUUCAACAUGCGUAACCUCACUAUCAAGUAAAACCUUCUUCCUUAAAUUUUUAGUACUUACACACUUGAUAAUGAUAAAUAAAAACCUGGAUUUUCAACCAUCUUUGUUAAUCCUUAGGUUUCUUACAGUUAUAAUAAAUGCACAAAGUUCGUCCUAAUGACAUAAAUAUACGACGUUCAACCUGGAAACCGAAUAGGUAAACUAAGCUCAAGAGAGUUAUUGACACUUAGAUAUUAAGAUAAUUUUAUCGAGGCUAAUGAUUAGCGCAGAUUAUUUUUCUUUCAUGAUAUUUAAAAUAAAACUAUUACUUUUGAUAAAGUUCAGUUUAAUGCUUAUGGAAAAAUAAUGAAAAGUUUAAAUCCAAUCAAUAUAAAAAUGCUGAAUAGUGAGCUUAUAACAGACUGGAUUAAUGAAGAAAAUAUCACAUUUGAGCAUAUAACAUCUCAGAAUAACUUCAUCUAUUUAAACACUAACCAAAAUACCGUAAUGAGAAUUGAUAAUUUAAGAAGUUACAAUGCCUCCUAAGUCAAUAGCAAUAACCUUCACUAUUUUAUAAGCUCCUAAGGCACAGUAGAUAUUAAUGGGCUAAGUAUUGUAAAUUCAAAAACAACAGUAAGAGCAGUUAUUAUAGUAGGUCUGACUCCUACAAUUAUAAUAAAUAACUUUGAAUUCAUAAACAACACAUUUGAUGAGUUUUCAACAUCAUCUUGCAUUUUUAAAGGUUCAUCUACUUUGUACACUGCAACGAUCUAUUUGAAUAAUUUGAGGUUUUAAAAUAAUAUUAUGAAUGGCUAUUAAGCUAUACAGUAGGCAUCUGGCAUCAAAUCCUUUUUCAUUAACAAUUCUGUUUUCUCUAAUGAGAAUUCUUAUCUAUACAAAUAACAAGCUAUGAUAGUAAUCUACAAUUCCUUAUUCUCUAAAAAUAGUUUUAACAUUCAAGGAGAUAUCAUAUUAGUACAGUAGAAUUCUCUAAAUGCAACUAGAAUUUUAAACUCUACAUUUAAAGAUAAUGUAAUUGGUGGAAUAAAUCUUAAAUCAGGCGAUAUAGGUAGCUUAAACUACCCAACAAUUAUUGAAAUUGCAAAUUGUACAUUUCUUAAUAACAAGCCAAAGUAUUCUACCUUUAUUAAGUAAUCUUCAAACACUAUGCUUAGAGUAAAUAAUUCAUAGUUUAAUAAAACAAUUGGACUUAAUAGAGGGAGCGUUUUAUUGCAAGACUAUGAGAACGCUAAAGCUACCUUUAUGAAUAGUGUUUUUUUUGGAAAUAAGGCUGUUUAUGGUGGGAUUUUAUAUUCAUAGUAUUCGGGUACAAUAAUCUUUGUCAAAUGCCAUUUUUCUUAUAAUUUUGCUGAAGAGGCAGGAAUUGGAGACUUAAUCAAUGCUUUUAUGGGAAUGAUCAUUCUAGAGAAUAUUGAUAUUCAAGAUAGCUACAUAAGUUUAGAAGACCCUAAUUUUAUACUGAUGAUAUAAAGCUAUUUAAUCAUCAGAAACGUGAAAGUUGAAAAUCUGAAAUACUUCGAUGAAGAUUAAAAUGAAACUCAUGACUAAGCUCUUAUAGUUGCUAAUUUAAAUAGCAAGAUAGAUAUUACAAAUAUGACAAUUAGGAACACACAUUUGCAGAUAUUGAGCAUAACGCAGUCCUCAAUCAUUGCUACAAAUUUUAGUAUAAGCAACAUGACUUACAAGAAUAAAAUGGAUAAGCCUAUUUCUAUUGAUUCAUCGAUUGUUCUCAUCAAAGAUUCAAACUUAAAUAAUAUCUCAACAUAAGGACUUUACGAUUACUUAAAAGGGGCUAAUUAAAUUAGCACAAGAGCUAUUAAAGCUUACAAUGGAGUAUUGAAGCUUUUAAAUUCUACAUUCAAAGGAUUAUUUUCUAAAUAAGAUGGGGGAGCAAUUCUAGUCGAAAAUACACAUUCAGAGAUUGAUAAUUGCACCUUUUUUGAGAACUAAGCAUUUAAAGGAGGUGCUAUAUCGCUCAGAAGCACAUCUUAAACCCAAAUAAGAUUUAUAAUCACCAAUAAUAGAUUCUUUGGCAAUACAGCUGUAGCACAAGGUGGAUGUGUUACCUACAAUAAAUAUAGACCACUUUAGUUUUAAAAUAACUCCUUUGAUACUAAUAACUUUGCUCCUUAUGGAAGUCAUAUCGCAAGCUAUCCCAUAUAUACCAGAGUCAUAUCUUAUGAUAAUAGUACUAUUGCAAGUGGACAAUUAUAUAAUGGAUAGAUUAUUGCAGAAAUUAUUGACUAGGAUAAUCAGAGAGUAGUAACAGAUCAAAAUUCGGCUGUGAGGAUAUUUCCUGCAAUAAACUAGAAUAAUGUUGCUUCAUAGUCAUUAGUUAUAGUCUAGCAUGGUGUAGCAACAUUUAACGAUUUAAUUUUUAUGGCUAAGCCCGGCUCAAAGGAUGUAGAAUUCGAGAUUAAUAGUCCAACUAUAAUCACAAAUCCAAUGACAACUUUGAUAGCUAAAAAUAUUUCAUAAUCUAAUAGUUCCAGUCAAAGCAGUGUGAAGUUUAACUUUAGAUACUGUGAGGAGGGAGAAUAUCUAUAUGAUAAUAUGUAAGUUUAAAUGGUAUAAUAACAUAAUGUGUAUAUUAGGUGCUUAAUAUGCGAAACUGGCUAAUUCUCAUUAUAUCCAAAUUCGACUCGAUGUGUGGAGUGUAUAUAAAAUACGGAGUGCCUAGGAGGUUACUAGAUUUAUGUAAAGCCAGGAUACUGGAGAUCAUCAUUCAAUUCGACUAAUAUCUUACAAUGCAAAUCUAUCUCAGCUUGUGUAGGUGGACUUAUUCCACUUCCAAGUUCAAAUCCCCCCUAAGUCUUGGAUCCUUUGUGUGCAUAGGGUUAUGGGGGAAAUCUCUGUGACAAAUGCUUAAACAUUGAAGGGAGAAAAUUCGCAAAGAUAACCCAUUCUAAGUGUGGAGCAUGCCCAAAUGAAGUAAGCAAUGCUUUCAAGCUACUUGGAGUAUUUUUUGCGUUUGUAUUAAUUUUGGGUCUCUAUAUCUGGUACAAUUUAAGAAAUAAAAAUGAAAGUGAAACUAGUGUAGUGCUUCGUAUGCUUAUCAGUUAUAUUUAGAUUACUUCUACAUCCUCUGCUUUUGAACUAAAAUGGCCAAAGAGUCUAUAGGAUUUCUUCUUGAUCUUUGAUUUCAUCGGUGAUUCGGCUGAAACUAUAGUCUCUAUAGACUGCUUAUUAAGAGAUUAUGAAAUAUCAAAGAACUCAAUACCAAACCUAUUUAUUAAGAUUGCUGUACUCUCUGUAGUUCCUUUGCUUUUGCUAGCUAUAUUUAUAUCCUUGUUCUAGAUUAUGAGAUUGAUUAAAUCUUAUUCAUUAGGAGUUCUAAAGAGAUAGAUGAUUGUGACUACUUUAAUAAUUAUUUACGCAAUCCAUCCUACACUUGUUAAGUUUUCAACCGAGCUAUUCUUUUGCUUGAAACUUGACAAUAAUUAAUAUUACCUUUACAAUGAUCUUUCAGUUAGAUGCUGGGAGGAUUCUCAUUAGAAAUGGACCUUUAUAUUUGGCUUUCCUAUUAUAGUAUUUUGGGUGAUAGGCGUUCCAGCUUAUGGGUUUAGCUAUCUUUAUAAAAGAAGAAAAAGACUAAGUGAUCCAGGGUUAAUUGAGAAAUACAGAAUAAUUUAUUAAGGGUUAAAAACUAAAUACUUCUAUUGGGAGUUUAUCAUUAUCAUUAUGAAGACUUUCAUUUCAUUCUUCAAUGUGAUUCUGAGUGCUUACUCUCUACUCUUUCAAGCUUUUGUUGUUAUUUUUGUAUUUGGCUCAUUCUUGCUGAUUCAACAAAAUAUUAAACCAUACAGAAAUCCUUUGCUCAACAUAUUGGAAAGAACUUAGUACAUAUUGAUUUGUAUAACAUUCUUUGGAUCAUUUUUCUUUGUUGAAAGCCGAAUUUCAGAUCAAAUUCAGCUCAUUGUCUUUGUGGCUAUUGUAGUAUUCAACUUGAGAUUUUUCAUGUUGUGGUUAAUGUGCUUUUGCUCAACUUUCAAGAAUAAAUUCGCCAAGAAAGCAUUCUAUCUUUUAAAGAAAGUUUGCCUUUUCCCUCCUGAUUAAAGAGAAUAUGCCAAAUAUAUCAGGAAAAGAUUAGGCCAGUAAAUAUUAGUGAAGCAAUUUUCCAGGAAACAAACACGCAAAGAAUCAUCUAUCAGCUCUACAAAGAUGAUGGAUAAACUUGCUAAGGCUCAAUAAGACUCCUUCCUUAUUGAAAACAGGCUUAAUGAUAUUCCUGAAAUGAACAAAAGCACUUAAAUGUAAAAAGGUAAAAAAUCUUAAUUGAAGAAAAAAAUUAUGAAAAAAAGCAUUAUUGCAUAAAGCAAGCUUGCUAGAGACUUUAGUUUGUUCCUCCCAGAUCAUAGCUAGAUUAAAUAGGGAAAAAUUAUGAAGCAGUUGACUAAGGUACCCAGACCCAAAUCUAAUAAGAAGUAGUUAGCCCCAAUCACUCAGUCAACUAAGAGACUGAUUCACAAUGAUAGCUAGUUCAUAACAAAUAGUAGAAUCACUCUUAACACUAGAAUUGAAAAGACUGGCAUCGAUGAAAGCUCUUAUCUUGAAAAUGGUAAGUAAUAAAUUACUUGA